AUGCGUUCUUGGUGGUGUUUUGUUGUCUUAGUGGUAUGUUUGUCCGAUCAAACAUUUUCCCAGUCGUUUGAAUUUGAAGAGAUCGUGCCAGUGAAGAUAAGUGGAAGAAGUAGCCGGCGUGUUUCAAAGAGAAGUGAGGAACAACCAAGUUUCAGGCUCACUGCCUUCGGUAGAGAUUUCACUUUACACUUAUAUCCGGACAAUAGCUUUUUAGCGCCAACACUACAGAUUAAGCGAAUUAAAACAAAAGAGUUCUCAAAAACAGAUCGCACCGCCGAUUCUCAAGACAGCCUCCACCUACCUGUUAUUGAUAGUGAGAGAAUUAAUCAGACAGAUGAAGCCGAUGGGGAUAUCAGAAGAUGCUUUUACACGGGGACUGUAGACUUCAGUGAGGACUCUGUUGUUGCUGUCAGUCUUUGUCAUGGGAUUCUUGGAACAUUUAUUACGGGGGGCGACGAAUAUUUUAUUGAACCAAAACUUUUUGGAACGGGGACUAACAAGGGAUUGGCCGAACAACUGCAUGUCGUCAAAAGAAGAAACUCAACUGAAAGGCAAAAUGACUCAAAACGUUUACUAACAGAAAUGUCAGGUGGGGAUUACAAAGGAUAUGGUCUGUUCAUACAAAACACACAUUUAUUGCAAGACAAAGCUGCUGGUCAAAAACCGCUCCGUCACAGACGCUUUGUAUCAACGCCCAGAUUUAUUGAAACUCUGGUGGUUGCCGACUCAUCCCUUGUGCAGUUCUACGGGGACGAUGUGAAGCACCAUGUCCUGACCCUGAUGUCAGUGGUUGCCCAGAUUUAUAAACAUCCCAGUGUGAAGAACUCAGUCAAUGUGGUGGUUGUUAAGAUGCUGUUAGUUGAAGAUGAAGAUAUGGGGCCGUCCAUUUCCAGUAAUGGGGGUGUAGCACUGCGCAACUUCUGCUCCUGGCAACAGCUGUUCAACCCAACCAGCCAAAGGCAUCCUGAGCAUUAUGACACCGCCGUGCUCUUCACUAGAGAGGAUAUUUGUGGACAUCAGAGUUGUGACACUUUGGGAGUAGCUGAUGUGGGGACCAUGUGUGACUCUAAAAAGAGUUGUUCUGUCAUUGAGGACAACGGCCUUCAGGCAGCUUUCACAGCUGCCCAUGAAUUAGGUCAUGUGCUGAGUAUGCCUCAUGAUGAUUCCAAGAUAUGUGAGAGGCUCUUUGGACCUAUAGGGAAGCAUCAUGUCAUGGCCCCUGUGUUCGUUCAUCUGAAUAAGACUUCUCCCUGGUCUGCCUGCAGUGCCUUCUAUGUCACAGAGUUCUUUGACAAAGGACAUGGGGAUUGUCUACUGGAUCGUCCUGAGGAGUUCCUACCAUUGCCCAAGGAACUGCCUGGCAUGACCUACAGCCUGGACCAACAGUGCCAGCAGAUUUUUGGGGAGGAGUUUGCACACUGUCCCAACAUUUCUGACAGUGAUGUGUGCAGCCAGUUGUGGUGUAAGAAGGAUGGUCAGUCCCUCUGCACCACCCGCAAUGGCAGUCUACCCUGGGCAGAUGGUACAGCCUGCGCACCCAACAGGGCCUGUCUUAACAGUGCGUGUAUGCCAGCAGAGGAGGUCUUCAGGCCCAGGGAACCGGUGAAUGGGGACUGGGGAGAAUGGGGGCCAUGGCAGGAGUGCUCCAGAACAUGUGGAGGAGGCAUCAUGUUCUCCUAUAGAGAGUGUACUAAUCCUGUUCCUCAGAAUGGGGGGAAGUACUGUGAGGGUCAAAGAGUGAGGUACCAGUCCUGCAACACUCCAGCUUGUGCAGACAAACAUGGGAAGAGCUUUAGGGAGGAGCAAUGUGAGAAAUACAACAGUUAUAAUUACUUGGACAUCCAUGGAAACGUCAAGCGGUGGAUACCAAAGUAUGCUGGGGUACCACCGCGAGACAGGUGCAAAUUGUUCUGUAGAGCAAGAGGAAGCAGUGAAUUCAAAGUGUUUGAAUCCAAGGUGAUCGACGGGACAACAUGUGGACCAGACACCACGUCAAUCUGUGUCCAGGGCCAAUGCAUCAAAGCCGGUUGUGACAAAGAGAUAGGUUCCAACAAGAAACUAGACAAGUGUGGUGUGUGUGGUGGAAAUGGCCUGAGCUGCAGAAAGAUAUCUGGAUCCUUCAACAAAGCCUUCUAUGGAUACAAUGACAUUGUGACCAUCCCAAGUGGAGCGACCAAUAUUGAUAUCAAGCAGCGGAGUCAUAGAGGCAUAAAACAUGAUGGUUAUUACCUGGCUGUCAAAAAAGAAGAUGACUAUUCUAAAAGAGUGUAUCAGGGUGUCAGAGUCAAGCAUACAGUGAAGGAUCUUCUGGCAGAGAAGAGGUCACGACAGACGAAUGGGCCUCGGUAUAGUGGAACAUCUACUCCUCAGUCCCCAUUUGUUCAAAUGCCAGGCUCCCACAUGCUUCCCAGUUACUACGGUAUGAGAAGGUCCUUUCUGUCUGAUUCAGAGUUUUGCUCUUCCAACAAGCCCUUCUCCGCUGAGGUCUAUUCUUCCUCACUGGCAGGAAAGCCUUUCUCAUGCGACACAGCCUCCAUGUCCGGCUACUCCUCACUCAUAGACAGUUACUACCCCGAUUCAUUCGGAGAGUAUCGCAGUACAGCGUUCACCAGUGGAGGAGGCACAAUAUUCUCACCGUCUGCACUGUCAUCUCUGCUACCCUCGCUCCCAGCGGAGUCCUCCUACUUUUCUCUGAAGGAGUCCUGGGAGCAAGCAGGGACAGAGGCAAUGGGUCAGGUGGAGGCUUUGUGUGAGGAUAACUUGGCCAACAUGCAUGUGUCGAGUUCACUGAACAACCCUGAGUCAGUUAGUCCCACUCAGUACCGCUCUUCCUCAAGAGGCUCUUGCAUCUCUACACCUCAGCCUUACUCUCUUCACUCACUGGAAGAUGUCCACUACCAUACACCUUACCAAUCCACAGGCAGCUUUGUGUGCCCUCCCUACAUGACUGUCUCAACUGACUCUCUUCCCAAAAUUCCUCCUCUCACAUCAGAAGAGCCUGAAAUCACCACGCCAGUCCUGAGUGACAGCCUCUCCUGGGGGAAGGAAGAUCCUGGCAGUGCUUGGUCACCGUAUGAGCUGCGGAGGACCUUCUGA